GAUUCUCAAAUCCUCUGAGUAAUGUAUUUAGUGUAGUGUCUCUAUUCUCGAAACAGCUUGAAAGUCCGAGGGCCAAGAGCUGUUUAACUGUGCGCUCCGUUUCAGUGCCGUUCGAAAUUUUGUUCUGGUUGGUGGUUUAUUUAUUUCCGCGUUUUAGUUUUUUCUGUUUUCUGAAAAAAUGUACGUUUUAUUAAUUAAAAUUUAUUACUUUUAGGCAUUAAAAAUUUGUUAUAAUUUUAUUUCAAUAAAUUUACUGAGAUUUGAAGAAACUCCAAAUCAAGUUUAAAAUAAAUAUAUCAUUAUUGAAAUAAAUAUGUGCAUAAUUUUUUUAUUAUCUACUCAAUAGUAACUGAGUUAUUAUUAGUGUUGACAAUAAUAUGACGUGCACAGUUCAACUAAUCGUUAAAACAUUAAAAAAAACAACUUUGACAUAAGUUAUAAACAAAAAUUUCAAGUUACCUGUUAAAACGAAGAUCAUUCUCUAGGAAAUUCUUUAUUCAUCAAAUUUUUGUGUUUGUAAGAUCAAGAUGCGUUGUAGUUUAACAUUUGUCGACGAUCUCUUAAAUCGGAUUUUUUAUAAAGUUGGAUUAAUUGUUGGACGCAAUCCCGGCUACUUUGUUAUUAUUCCAGUCUUACUAGCCUGUAUAUGUGUUACUGGAUAUCAAAAAAUUAAUUAUGAAACUGAUCCAGAGUAUUUAUUUUCACCCAUAAACGGGCCUGGAAAAUUGGAAAGACAAAUUGUGGAGCAACACUUUAAAGUUAAUUACAGUCAUUACUUUGAUGUUGGACGAAUUAUUCGACCAGGCCGAUUUGGUCGGGUUAUAAUAAUUCCGAAAGAUGGUCAUAAUACUUUACUAAGAAAAGUUGUAUGGAAUGAAUUACGAUUACUUGACAGUCUAGUCAAAAAUAUAACAACCACAUACGAGGGUGAAAUCUUCACUUACGAACAGCUUUGUGCUCGUUGGCUUAAUAGCUGUUUCAACAAUAAUAUCCUGAAUCUUGAUCAUAUAAUAGAAGAUGUGGAAAACCGGACUUUGAAUUUGACUUUUCCAAUAAUGUUUAAUCCAGUGACCUGGGAGACCCAUUUGUUUCCCGUUUAUUUCGGUGGGAGUGUCCUCACAGAAGACUUGACCAUUGAUUCUGUACCAUCACUUCAACUUGCAUACUUUAUUGCUGUUGACACAAAACGGCAGGAUGCCAUUGGUUCAGCAUGGGAAGAAGCCUUUUUGAAUGCUGUAGGUAAAGCUGAUGACAGUGGGAUGUUCAAACAUAUUAGCAUAGCUCGAUUUGCCUCAAAGACUUUGGAGCUUGAAUUAGAAGCAAACACCAAAACCGUUGUGCCUUAUUUCUCUAGUACAUUCGCAAUUAUGGGUAUAUUCUCAAUUGCUACUUGUAUGAUGACUGAUUGGGUUCGAAGCAAACCAUGGCUUGGACUUCUUGGUAAUAUUUCCGCUGCUUUAGCACUUAUUUCAGCCUUUGGACUCUGUAUGUAUCUGGGAAUUGAUUUCAUUGGAAUCAAUCUUGCAGCACCUUUUCUGAUAAUUGGUAUUGGCAUUGAUGAUACCUUCGUGAUGUUGGCGGCGUGGAGAAGAACAAAUAUUUUAGAUCCAGUACCUCAAAGAAUGGCAGUAACACUCAGUGAAGCUGCUGUUUCAAUAACAAUAACAUCAGUAACUGAUAUUAUCUCAUUUUUCAUUGGGAUUUUUUCACCAUUUCCAUCAAUUCAAAUAUUCUGCACUUAUUCAGGAUUUGCAGUUGUUUUUACUUUUCUGUUUCAUCUGACGUUCUUCAGCGGAUGUGUCGCUAUUAGUGGCUAUUGUGAGCAAGAAAACCGACACAGUGUAAUCUGCUGUAAAGUCAGUCCCCUCUCAAAGUCGACACACCGAUCAUGGUUCUAUCGUGUUCUCUGUAGUGGUGGAGUCAACCGUGAGGAUCCUGAUAAUCCACUUGAUAAUCCCGAACAUGGAUGUAUGACAUGGUUCCGUGAUUAUCUGGCAACUGCACUAAAUUGUCGACUCGUAAAAGCUCUAGUCAUUAUUAUAUUUGGAUUAUAUUUGGCGGGGGCUCUUUAUGGAUUAACUAAUCUUAAAGAAGGUUUGGAAAGACGCAAGCUUUCAAAAGAAGACUCUUAUUCCAUUGUUUUUUACGACCUCGAGGAUGAAUAUUUUAAGGAAUUUCCAUAUAGAAUUCAGGUAAUCAUUUCCGGGGAAUAUGACUACAGUGAUCCGUUAAUUCAAACACAAAUGGAGAACUUGACGAGAGAGUUGGAAGCAACACCGUAUAUCACCAAUCCAAUCUACUCAGAAAGUUGGUUACGAAGUUUCCUUACUUAUGUAAAGUCCAACGAAGAUUAUUUAAAUAUUAGUAUUUCAACUGAAGAAGAUUUUAUAAAAAAUUUGAAAGCACUUUGGUUGGCCCCAUCAAGUUCAUACUCACUUGAUGUGAAAUUUGAUCCAAGUGGACAACACAUUAUUGCCAGCCGCUUCCUGAUUCAAGCAGUGAAUGUCAGUGGAACCAUUCCGGCGAAGGCUAUGGUUAAAGAAUUAAGAAGAAUUUGCAACGAAUCUCCUUUAAAUGCUACAGUGUUUCAUCCAUAUUUUGUAUUUUUCGAUCAAUUUGAACUAGUCUUACCAACAAGCAUUCAAUGUUUGGUAUUUGGUGCCUUGAUUAUGAUGCUUAUAUCUUUCAUCUUUAUUCCAAAUGUUCUUUGCUCUUUAUGGGUUGCUUUUUGCAUUAUUUCCAUUGAACUUGGAGUUGCUGGAUAUAUGGCUUUGUGGGAUGUGAAUUUGGAUAGCAUUUCUAUGAUCAACCUAAUUAUGUGUAUUGGAUUUAGCGUUGAUUUUACCGCUCACAUCUGUUAUGCUUACAUGAGCUCUAAAGAAAAACAUCCUGAUGACCGUGUCAAAGAUUGUCUUUACAGUCUUGGCCUACCAAUUGUUCAAGGCGCAGCUUCUACUAUCUUGGGACUUCUUGCUCUAGUUCUAGCUGGCACUUAUAUUUUCCUAGUCUUUUUCAAGAUGGUAUUUUUAGUAAUAUUUAUUGGUGCAAUGCACGGACUUUUCUUAUUACCUGUAUUAUUAUCUAUUUUUGGACCUGGUUCUUGCUCAAACUAUAAAAAGGAAGAAGAUAAAGAAACUAAACGUACUGACUUGGAUAAAAAUGAAAUGAACAAACUUCCAUUGCCAUUUAUUAUACCUCAUCCUACGUUGUUGUAUCAUCAAACUUCGAUAAAUAAGUCAGUUCAAAAUACUAGUCUUGAAGAUAGAGAUCCGGGACUUGGUACUAGUGAAGAUAGUAAUUCAACAGAAAGUGGAUCAUUGCAACGUAACCAAAAAGAAGAUGAACGAGAUAAGUUUCAUAGGCAUUACAAUGGAUGGCGACGAUCUGUUGGAAUUCUUCAUAGUCUUUCACAAUUCCAAGUUGUCCAAAAUGUUCAGCAAACGCCUCGACCUGAUUACCCUGGUUACGUUGAUCCCCCACGGCCAGAAAAUCGUGAAGGUGUUCGAACAAUUCCGUAUAUUUAUUAUCAAGUGUAUCAGAGACCGACAAAUGAUUUGAAAGAAGAUAGACGUAGCCAAUCUUAUCACAACCUUAAUCAUGCUCCAGUACGCUACAUGAAUGAUCAAAGGCAUUUUUAGGACUUUUUAUCAAUUGUACAACUGUUUUAAUUAAUUGUACUUGUGUUAUUGAAUAAUUUAUAAACAAUUAAAAGUAAAAAAAAGUAUAGAAUAAUGAAUUUUUAUAUAUGAUAAAAGAAUGUUUUUGAUUGUACGUAAAUAAUUUAUGCUAUAUUCAGUUGAUGUGAACUUGAUUUGUAAUCAUUUUUGAACUAUUUGUAACUUGGUUAUAAAGCAAACAAAUCAAUAAUUAUGAUAUUUAUAAAUAUUUGUGUGAAUGAGCUGAAACAAUUUUUAUAUGAACG